AUGGCUCUCCUGUCUCCGCCCGCAGACUGGGCGACUGCGCCAGGCUGCGCCGUGGUGGGGCCCUCGACCGAAGUUGCAGAGCGCCGUGGGGAGUUCUCAACAGAGACCACGACAGCAUCCAUCGACCGAGUCAGUUCCCUCGCUCCCUCGCCACAGCCUCGCCCUGACAGCCCCUAUGAGGCCUCGGCGGGCAUGGAUGGUAGCCGCGCUCCCAGCGCGCGCGACAGCAAGCGUGACACCGGGCCAGAAAAGGAGCAGAUCUUGUGUUUGGGGCGAGAGUCUGAAGAAGCGAUGGAUGAAGAUUCUGCGUCUCUUUGCGCCUGGGAAGUCGUCGGUCCUGACAGCGCUGCACCGCCGUCCGCGACGAGACUGGGCGGAGCUUCCGCCGCCGACCACACAGAAGACUCCCACCCUCGCGUCGAGGGAGACGUGGAGACCUUGCCGUCUGCUGCUGCGUCCGAGGCCGCUUUGCCUCCUCCAUCCUUCCUCUCGCCGCGGAUGAGUUCGCAGGGCGACACGUCCUCUCUGUCGACGAGGACGGCGCUCGGUGCGGAUCGAGAGGGACGAAAGGGGCUGCAGGUCGCUCACACAGAGAACAAAGAGGCGGUUCGCGAGACGCAGGCGGAGAAACUACGCGAGAAGCUGCGCGUGAUGGGUAGCGAGAGAGUUCAGCUGGAACAUGAGCCGAGGGCAGGGGAAACAGAGAGCAGAAACCCCCUCCAAACGGUGGCAGCCAGCUCGCGCAUCCUCUCGUUCGCAGACCCUCCGGCGGUUGCGCCAAGUCGGCUGGAGCCUCUGGCGUACCCCGGCGCGCUCUCCCACUGCGGGCGACUCCUCCAUGAUCUCUUGUCAGUUCCGGCCGCGGACGCCAGAGAGCCAUGGCGCGUCCCGAGGCGGGCUGCGUCCGCUCUCUCGACAGGUUCUGAGGCUCCUCGCUCCUCCUGCGACCCGGACGGCGAGCAUGCCCUGCCUGUCGUGACGAUUUCGCCUUGCACGUCCAUCUCCGUGGACUUUGCUUCUUCUGCCGCUGCAGUGGCAGGUGCCUCGUUGCUCGAGGUAGAGCCCCGCGGGUCGCUGCUGACCCUCCCACAGGGCCACACGUUCUCCCCGUCGCCCGUUCGCACCAGAUCUAGGGAAGAGGUUCCUAUCAUCUCUCUGGGGGCGGCUUUUGACGUCGACGAGGAGCCCGCGGGGCCUGCAGGUCUCCGGACACCCAGCAGCUUUUCGGGCCGCGUAUCUCAGCAGCACAGACCGGGCGCCUUCCCACUGGGGCCUGAGGAGGUGCCUCUCUUCGAGACCAACAUCAAUUCCCUCGACGAUUUCGUCCAUGUGGUAGAGCAGAAGCAGCAGGAGGAAGAGCGGAUGGGCUUCGGCGCCGGCGGCGGCGCGGGCGACAGCAUGGACAAUGCAGACAGCGCAGAGGGUUCAAAGCCAGACGAAGAGCUUGUUCCCUGUUCCUUAUGCAAACGGAAUUUUGCAGCAUGGCGGCUACCGCGCCAUGCGCAGGCUUGUGCUCGCGCGAAAGAAGCCCGCCAAGCCUUUCUGCGGCGUCAACGUGCUCUCAAUCCGCCUCGCCUGAUCAAGCCAGCAGGCAGCCCUCGCCAGCAGUCUGUCCCUUCGUCGCAGUCGCAGGCGAAGAAGGCCACGGGAGCUGCGGCGGGCACUGUCGCCGCCUCCACCGCUGCAGCUGACCGUCGCUCGGUUUCUUUGUCGAGCUUCAAAGGCUCGCGCAGAAAUUCGAGGUCCGAUGGCGCGCCUCAAGGUGAGCCAGCGCAUGCGGACGCGCCUGCUGCUGAGGCUGCGGGUGUCGAUGCGCUGCACGCGCUCUCUCCUCCUGCAGGGCAGCCCGCGGCAGAUGGGGAGUCGAAAGGAGUGGAGAGCGCUGCGCAAGAAGGAGUCUUCGAGGAUGUUGAGUUGCCGAGUUCAGCAGCUGCGGCGCCGCAAGAGACAUCUCGCAGGGACAUGAGGGUCGAUUCCGAAGCCAGCAGUGCCCUGGAGCCUGAGGUUCUCUCUGAGACAGUCAUCGCGGAGUCGUGCUCAGACAGCGAAGGCAUGCCAGGCCACGGAGGCCUCCGCAGUCCAGUGGAGCAGCUGCCCUCAAGCGUUGCCCUCGACGUAUCCGUGUACGCCUCUUCGCCUCUGUCUCUUUCGUACCUUUCUGAUGAGGAACUCUCUCUCCCCGCAUCUCGCAGAGGGACAAAAAGAGAGGAGAGGUGUCUCUUUGUCCAGGAAGAGCUUCAGUCCUCGGAGCCCGACGAGGGAGUGGCGUCGGAAGGCGAGAUUGAGCAGUGCACUCUCGCCGCACUCGCGGACUCGUCGUAUUCGCUUUCAGAGAAUGUCGGGUCUGGCAGACCGCAAAGCAGCCCUUCCCUUUGGCGUCCUUCGUCUCUUUCUAUCUCCUUCCGCUCUAGUUCCUCUGUCGAAGAUGAGAGUGCUCACGAAGACGCUUCGAGACCGUCGGACGCGGAGAGCCAAGUCCCGGUAGAGGAGUCGCGCACCUCCUCACAGGCGCUGUCGCCUCCGCUGAGUAUGUCCGCAGACGACGAACCAGUGCGCGACAGCGGCACCGCUGGACGGCCACGCCGUGGCCUGCUGGGCGCGCCGAAGCCUGCCGCUGCGGCACCGGAGUCUCCGCGACAGUCCGGUGACGUCAAGUCGCCGCUCGCUGCUCCCAGUAGCCUUGCGCCGAGAGCGCGAGAGGCCGAGGACCUGGAAGAGCCAGAGACGAAGGUAUGCACCGAGGAGGCGGACGAGGUGAGUCCUGCGCAGCAGCACAACGAGGCGGCGGAAGCCGGCGGUUGCGCAGGCGCCAGCAGUGCCUUAAGAGAGUCGCUUUCUCUCCCCGUUCCUGAGCCGAUGUCUACCCUGAAAGGCUCGUUGUCCUCCCUCUCUCCGCGCUCCCCUCCCCUUUGCGCCUCGCCGCGGCCUCCCUCGCGAAGCCGUAGCUUGCUGCCUCCGAGAAAAAGACUCUCAAAGGCCUCCUCGCGCAGCGCCUCUGCGGGAUCUGCAGGCGAAGACAGGCCGGCGACAAGGCAAGAAGCGUGUUCAAAGGAGAGCCGCACUCCGGGUUCGGAAUCCACUCAACCCGAGCUUCAGCCUCCAACAGUCCUAGAGCAGAGGAACGCGGCUGCGCGGGGCAAGCAUGCGCCGAAAACGGCCGGCGCGCGGGCGGCGUCGAAGCCUCCAGCGGUGAAACGCGAAGGCCUGAAGAACGUUCGUCCUGAAGACCGGUGGAAGAUGCAGCCGACCGCGGUAUGCCCUUUCUGUUCACGGACGUUUUCGGUCAAAGCGCAUGAAGGUCACGUGAAGGUUUGCGAACGCAUGCGGACAUCGCGGACGACUCUCAAGCCGAAGCUCGCGCCGUCGCCCAAGACGAAACCUGCUGCAGAGCUCAAGAAAGCGGCGUCGCCUGCGCCGACGGCAUCGCAGCCCGCUCCCAAGCGUGUCCCGAUAUGGCUGCGAGCGACGCAUGCACACGCGAAGGCGAAACCUGCCGACGAGGACACAGAAGACAAGAAAGUGGAUGCUUCAGGGACAAAGCGCCUGGCAGCAAAGGCUGCAGCAGCUGGGGCAGAGGACCGGUCGCAGAGGGCGGACAAGCGAGAAGCGAGAGUCGGGCAGAAGAAGCCUGGCACAGAAGAAAAACGGACGCCAGAGGCAGCUCUGAGGGAGAGAAAGGGACGCGAGGACUGGUCAACUCGGGAAAAACGCGGAGCGGCACAUGGCUCCUCCAAGGGGGACUCGGCGCAGCGAGCGCGGGCUAAACCGGGAGAACGAGACAGCAGAGGCCGCGGAGAGUCUGGGCGAGCGCUAGUGAACCCCGAGGCGUCUGAAGCGUCGCCGACGGAUGCGGCUGUGCCCGCGGGUCGCCGGUGUUACAGCGAGGGCAGCCAGAGCGAUUCACCCGCGAGCCGAAACGCUGUGUCUCCCGACUCGCCGUCAGCCUCGUUGAAGAAGGCCUUUUUUCAGUUGUCGCUCGCGCGGCUGUAUGCAGGGGCGCCUCGACCGGAGGGCGAUGUCGCACCGAGCUGCACAGAGGAAAGACGACACGCGAGCGCAGAGCGCCCGCUUUCGCUUCCGGCGUUUCCUCCUCUUGCCAACCCGCUGACGGACCUGCUUUUUCAGAUGUUCAUGAUGGGGGCGCAUGCAAAUGAGGCGAAGAGAAAUCUGGAGGACGGGGCGAGCGUGGAGCACCGCUUUCGCUUGCCGAGCGCUGACGAGGACAGGCGCGUCAGUCGUUCCGUGACUGCCCACCCCCAGCUCCCUGCGCCGCCGCCCGCUCUGCAAGACCUGGUCCACUCUCUUUCGAUCCGCGCGCAUGCAGGCCGUUCAGAGGCGGAAAGCGACGAAGGCGAGGGCGUCCGCGGGACUCGGCGCAGCUUUUCCGCGUCUCACGGGGAUGCGUCUCCACGAGGGCACUCGCCCACAACGAGUCCCCACGUGCGCCUCGACGAAGAACGAGGCGACAACUUCUCCCAGGCCGGGUGCCAGAGGCAGCUGUCUGCUGAAGAGCUGGUGGAACGAGGAGAUCGAAAGCCACGGAGCUACUCCUGCGUAAAGCAGCCCCCUGCGAGCAGUUGGGGAGCACGCCGGGAGGCUCACGCACUCGGCGAGGAAGCUUUGGUACAUGAGGUGCCUUGGGGGAUGCUGCCGCGGGAGUACUUCUAUCUGAAGGACCGGGAGACGGGACAGCAGGGUGUGCGCCAAAGCGCGGAGAAGUCUCCUGGUAGCAUCUCUCGGCUCUCUUCGAUCUCCUCCGGAUCUCGUCCGGCUGGAAGCUCCAGCGAGCAUAGCGUUGCAACUCUCGACGACGAGGACAGUGAGCUUGAGGAGGGAGACGAAGGGGUCGCGAAGGAGGCGCCGUGUCACGCGUCUAGUGGUCUGAAGUCCAACCGGGUGGCGGCAGGCUUUUCUUCGCCGCCCAACCGUAGCGCCUCUCCUCUUCGGCGCGGCGUCUCCUCUAGUGGAAGUCGCUCGAAAGCGGUGCCGCCUUCUGUCGUUCAGAGGAACGCCGUCAAGCGGAUUCAUCAGGGUCGAGUCGUCUCGUCGACGUCACACUUCGAUUCGCCGCGCGGAGACGCCUCUGUCGUGUCGCAUUCAAGUGGAGAAGACACCGAGGGCGUCCUGCCGGGACCUGAACUCGUUCAGGCAGGCUCGAAGAGCGCUCUCAAAGACCUCAUCCGCCGAUCCCGCUCGCAGCUGCGCAGGCUCCAAAGUGAAAAAGACGGUGCCUCCAGGGGAGAAGCAGGGUCUGUCUCGGCUGCUUGCGUGGAACGCAGACAGCUUUUGAGGCAAGAGCGGCCAGGCGCGGCAGUGCGUGGCUCAGGAGAAGACAAACGGAACGCAGUUGGCUCGCCGAGACGUCCAGCAGUGUCGGAAGUUACGCCUCCUGGGCGUUCCACGCGAACGCCGAUGCAGGGGGCUGCUCGCACGGCGUCGAGCGAGCGCGGCGAUUCAACGCCGCGCCGCUCCCUCAGUAAGGCGGAAGUUGUGAAGGCGGGGAGUCGUUUGGUUGCAGUCCCGCAAUGGUCCAAGAACAAGCUGAGAGGCCUCGUAGACGAGGAAACUGAAAUCCACGGGCAAAGGCCAGGAGGGGUGCCGUCUGCCGGCAGCCCCACAAAGAGGCGAAUGUGUCGCAGCGACAGCCGCGUCGAGAGAAGGUUCUCCCCGACAGGGAGACACACAGGCGUUGACAGCACACCCGGCGGCGACCAGAGCGCGGUAAAUGGUCCUGAGGAUAGCUAUUUGCAUGCGAGAGCGGCGGAAACGCCGAGGAGGGACCCCGAACACCUGCACGAUGUUCGAAGCCACGGAGACAGUUCGAAGCGCAUGCAGUUCGGCGAUAUCAACCCCGUGGGUGGGCGUUUCAGCGAUGCCGGUUUCCUGCACACCCCGCCGACAUUCGACGUUGGGGGAGCGCGCGCUGGGACCCAGCCACCGUUCCUCGGUCUCGAUCCGUCUCUCCCCUGCCCUCCAUCUCCGUCAUUUUCCCGUGACCCGCUGCCUAGCUCGUGCGCAACAAGCUCUUCGCUGUUUAACGGGCAAGCAUUUUCUUGCGGAGGGCAGGAAGACCAGCGCCGCGCGUCUGGGCAGUGGGAGAGCGUCUCCUCGAUGCGCGGCAGUGCGAGCGCGAGGAGGUCAAGUUCGUGCAUGGACUACGCAGCGAGUACCCGACAGCCGCAGCGCAGGGUGGUCGCGUGCGACAGAGCAGGACCAGACUUUGCGUCAAGAGAUCGGCCUGGGUCACCGCCUCAACUGCAUCAGCGGAGCGACGCCAGGGCGGGCGAGGCCGCCACCGCCAUUCGGCGAACGAGUUGCCACGAAGGCGGUGGUGACAAACGCUGGGCAGCGGAGGGGUUCCCGAGCGGUGUCGUGGAGGCCCUCUCUUGUUCAGUCACGGGGGACCGCUCUCUUUCCGGUACAUCGUGGCGGCACAGGGCAGGGAGGGGGGGCCUGCUUACUCCGUCGCCCUGGGCUGCGGGGAGUGGGGCCGACGAUGCGACAGCGCCGGCUCUGGGAACCGGAGAGGUGGGAGGCGGUUUUUUCGGCGGUCGGCUGCCCUCUGGCGGUGCACAGGCGAACUGCGAAAGGCCAUCUUCAGUGAGUGCCUUCCGUGGUCCUCUGGCGCCGCACUCCUCUCCUGCGGUUGACUGCGGUGGUGGAGCGGGUUUCCUACGGCGGAGCGCUGGCACCAGCGCUGCGGCGGUUCCGUGUGCAGCCAGCAAGGCUGCCUACCCUUCGAACCUCGUCGAGUACAGAGAAACAAUCGUUCCUCAGCCGUACAGGCCGCCCCAACUCGGAGACGGUGCCACCGCAAGGGCCGUAAGAGCAGCGAAAGAGCCCGUCGAGGAGUCAAGCCCCGUGGCCCCCACAGAAAGAUCCUCUGCCUAUCGCGUUAUGGGGUCUUCCCUCAAUCUGCCGCCUAUGCUCGGUCUUCCGCGCUCCGCCUCCCCGGACGCCGCAGAAAGCGACAGAGGGAAGAUCUCGCAUCGGUCGAGUGCGAGGCGAAGCCACGCCAGCAGUCUUCAGAAUCGAACGCGCGACGCGGAUGUCGAGCUCCGAGUCCCCGAAAGUGUCUCUCUGGCUUCUUGGCCUCACGAAAUGGCGGCGAAGCAAGCCACGGAUCUUCCAGGCGCAUGCAGACCUACACCGACUUCCACGCUCGGUGCCCGCCCGCCAUUCCCGCAGGGGUAUGGACACCCCGCACCUACAGGAAGGCCUUUUGCAGACAGCGAAGAGGCGCAGAGGAACGGUUCUUCUACUCUUCACCGGCAAGUCCCUACGUUUCUGCCUCGAGCUCAUGCUGUUGCUCAGGUUUCUGGUAGUGCUCAGGGACGCAGUGACGCAGCUUCAGCGGGCUGCAUUGGAGGAGCGCGUGGCGUGUCAAGCGAACAGCCCAUCGGCGCGCCGGGUGUAGUCCACUGGGAGUACAACUGCAAAACAGGUUUGUGGCGCAGAAACGAUGAAGAAGUCCCUGGAAUGCAGCAUCCUCCAGUCCGCGCCCACCUCACCGCAAAAGUUGGAGGAACCAUUUUGAGCUCUGUGGCCGCUGCGCCUCACGUGAUAGGCGCCCGCAGAAGUGCCUCGCACGAUCUGGCGCUUCUCAGCACGAAAGAGUCAGGUGAAGAUGUCAGAAGCUUGGGGUGGUUGAGCGCGGUUCCCUCGGUGUCCUCGCCGCCUGUGGUAGAGCAAUUCACAGCGCUACACGUGGAACAAUCGGGUGUGCUCAGUUCAGCGGGAAUCGCGGGAUUUGGCGCUAGCCCGGCCGAUCAAGGACAGGGGCCUCCUCCUCUUCAGCGUCAGCUCCAGCAGCGCCUUCUUGCCUCGAAGAGCAAUCGGUGGGAUGUCUCGGUUUUGAGGCGGAAGGCGGCUUGCUCCGGCGCUGGAACUGCGGUCGUUCUCUCUGGGCGACAAUCCGCGGAGGAACAGGAAAAGCAGCCGCACUGGCGGAGUCAGUCUCUCGAGAGAUGCAACCUCUCGCUAGUCUCUCAACCUAUGGUUUGCGAUAAGACAGGAGGAGAACCCUUCAAGCCGGCGCGAUGGCAACCGGGCACGGGUUUCGCCGACGCAGACGCACACGCGCCGCCAGCGGAGACGCGUGCCAAGUCUGACGUGAUGGGGAGCCCGCAUAAAACUGCGGCCAAGGACGAUGCAGGAUCUUCGAUAUUUCCGCGCUGGGGUGGAGCCUGGUUGCGCGCCACUCGCAAGAUGUUUUCGUCGGCAGAAAGUUAG